CUGGGUAAAAUUUCAAUUUUGCCACUAAGCGCACCUGAGACUGAUUUUAUUAAUCGAAACAAAAUUCCACGAACUUGAAACAAGAUCCACUUGUUCUGUCUCUCUCUCUUAUUUCUUUCUGUUGUUUUCUUUUUGAGCGGGAAACAAAAACGCAGAGCUGUACGGAAGUAACAGGAAAGCAUCAUCGGGAAAGUGAAAAGGUAGGGUUUUCCUUCUCCAUUUUGAGUUGAGGGAUGGCGAAUGUGACAGUCGAUGAAGAUCAACAAUGGCUACUGAAUUGCUUGUCUGCAACUCUGGACCCUAACCAAGAGGUCCGUUCUUUCGCCGAAGCGUCCCUUAAUCAGGCCUCUCUUCAACCAGGCUUUGGCAGGGGAUUAUCAAAGGUUGCUGCAAACAGAGAUCUUCCAUUUGGACUGCGUCAGCUAGCUGCUGUACUUUUGAAGCAUUUCAUAAAAAAACACUGGCAUGAGGGUGAUGAAUCAUUUGAACAUCCUGCUGUUUCAAGUGAUGAGAAGGCAGUUAUCCGCGGACUUCUUUUAUCAACUUUGGAUGACUCUAAUCGAAAACUUUGCACAGCAAUUAGUAUGGCUAUAGCAUCUAUUGCGGUUUAUGACUGGCCAGAGAGCUGGCCAGACUUGUUGCCAUUCCUCCUGAAGCUGAUUGGUGAUCAAAGUGAUAUGAAUGGAGUGCAUGGUGCUCUUAGGUGCUUGGCACUUCUUGCUGGGGAUUUGGAUGACACAAUGAUUCCAACAUUAAUACCUUUUCUCUUCCCUUGCUUGUAUACCAUUGUAUCAUCUUCUCAGAUCUAUAACAAAUAUUUGAGAAGUAAAGCCCUUUCUAUAGUUUAUGCUUGCAUUUCCAUGUUGGGGGAUAUGAGGGGUGUAUAUCAGGCAGAAACGAGUGCAUUGAUGGAACCAAUGCUUAAACCAUGGAUAGAUCAGUUCUCUUUUAUCUUGGAACAUCCUGUACAACCUGAAGAUCCUGAUGAUUGGGGCAUCAGAAUGGAGGUUUUCAAGUGCUUGAAUCAGUUUGUUCAGAAUUUCCAUAGCUUCACUGAGAGUGAAUUUAUGGUUAUUGUGGGGCCACUGUGGCAGACAUUUAUAUCAUCUUUGAGAGUAUAUACCCGAUCAGCAAUUGAAGGUACAGAGGAUCCUUAUGAGGGUAGAUAUGACUCUGAUGGUGCAGAGAAAAGCCUUGAUUCCUUUGUUAUUCAGUUGUUUGAGUUUCUAUUGACCAUUGUGGGUAGCAAAAAAUUGGUAAAGGUUGUUGAGACUAAUAUUGCAGACUUGGUAUAUUACACUAUUGGUUUUCUGCAAGUGACAGAACAACAGGUCCAUACAUGGUCGAUGGAUGCUAAUCAAUUUGUAGCUGAUGAGGAUGAUGCCACUUAUAGCUGCCGUGUUUCUGGUUCACUUUUACUAGAGGAGGUGGCAACAUGUUUUGGGAGAGAAGGAAUUGAUGCUAUUCUAAAAGCUGUGAGGAAACAGUUCAGUGAGUCUCAACAAGAAAAAGCUGGUGGUUCUGUAGUUUGGUGGAGGAUAAGGGAGGCUACUUUGUUCGCUUUAUCUUCUUUGUCAGAGCAAUUGCUUGAGGCGGAGGUUCCUGGCUUAGGAAACCUUUUAGAGCAAAUGAUCACUGAAGAUAUGGGAAUUGGGGUGCAUGAAUAUCCCUUUCUUUAUGCUCGUAUGUUUGUAUCAGUUGCUAGGUUUUCGUCCAUGAUCAGCUGCGGAAUUCUUGAACACUUUCUCCAUGCUGCUAUAAGGACAAUUGGCAUAAAUGUCCCUCCAGCUGUGAAAGUAGGUGCCUGUAGAGCACUUUCACAGCUACUUAAUGAAGCAAACAAGAGUGUUAUCCAGCCUCAAAUAAUGGGUUUAUUGUCAUCACUGACUGAUCUUCUUCAUCAGGCUUCUGAUGAAACAUUACAUCUGGUACUUGAAACACUACAAGCUGCAAUUAGAGCUGGUCAUGAAUCAUCAGCAUCUGCAGAGCCUAUUAUCUCUCCUAUAAUUCUCAAUAUGUGGGCGUUGCAUGUUUCGGAUCCUUUCGUUAGUAUUGAUGCAAUUGAGGUUCUGGAGGCAAUAAAAGAUGCUCCCGGUUGUAUUCGUCCAUUGGCUUCUCGAAUUUUACCAUAUCUUGGCCCAAUAUUGAACAAACCCCAACAGCAACCUGAUGGACUAGUGGCUGGGUCAUUGGAUCUGUUAACCAUGCUAUUGAAGAAUGCUCCUACUGAUGUGGUAAAAGCGGCAUAUGAUGUUUGUUUUGAUGCUAUUAUCCGGAUUGUUCUUCAAAGUGAUGAUCAUAGUGAAAUGCAGAAUGCAACAGAAUGUUUGGCAUCUUUUGUAUCUGGUGGAAGACAAGAAGUUCUUGCUUGGGGCAGUGAUUCCGGAUUUACAAUGCGAAAUUUGCUUGAUGCAGCUUCAAGGCUUCUUGACCCUGAUCUGGAAAGCUCUGGAUCUCUUUUUGUUGGCAGCUAUAUCCUGCAACUUAUUUUGCAUCUUCCCUCACAAAUGGCACAGCACAUUCGAGACUUGAUUGUUGCUCUUGUUAGACGUAUGCAGUCAGCUUCGAUAGCAGGAUUGAAAAGCUCAUUGCUAUUUAUUUUUGCUAGAUUGGUUCAUAUGAGUUCCCCAAAUGUUGAACAAUUUAUCAAUUUAUUGAUCACUAUCCCAGCUGAAGGCUAUCAAAAUGCCUUUGUUUAUGUAAUGUCAGAGUGGACUAAACAACAAGGGGAGAUUCAGGGAGCAUAUCAAAUCAAAGUUACUGCUAGUGCUUUGGCCCUACUGCUAUCCACUAGGCAUGCUGAAUUAACAAAUAUUAAUGUCCAAGGCCAUCUAAUUAAGUCUGUGGCAGGGAUAACCACUCGUUCAAAAGCUAAAUCUGCUCCGGAUCAGUGGACUAUGGUGCCACUUCCAGCAAAGAUAUUGGCUGUACUGGCUGAUGCAUUGAUUGAAAUACAAGAACAAGUUUGGGAUGCUAAGGAUGAGGAUAGUGACUGGGAAGAAAUUCAUGAAGGAGAUAUGGAAGCUGACAAAGAUUUGUUAUAUUCAGCUGCUGCCACACCAUUUGGCAGGUCUGCAAAUGAACAUCUUGAAGCAAUGGCAAAAGCAUAUAAUGAGGAUCAAGAAGAUGACUAUGAAGAUGACAUGCUAAGUGUUUCAGAUCCGCUUAAUGAGAUUAACUUGGCAAAUUAUCUUAUGGACUUCAUUUUAAAGUUCUCUCAAAGUGACCAACAACUAUUUGAUUAUCUUUGUCAGAGUCUGACACGGGCGCAGCAGAAUGCUAUUAAGAUUGUCUUAAAUCGGUGAGGUGUUUAUUGAAGGCAUCAAGCGCAGGUCUUACUCUCUUUAAUUUAAUUGAUCAAAGAUUUGCUUCUUUCCAUAGUUGCCAUUUGAGUGUGAAAAGUCCAUCAGUUGAGCUUUAAAUCUGAGGUUGAUCUCCUUUUGGUUCUAAAUGCUAUACGAAAUGAGAAAGUGAAAUCAGUUUUGGUUUUCCGUUAUGGAAACUGGAUUGAUUGCUUUGUGUUAAGAAGUGGGAUCUCCAACUCCGAGUUUGCUA